AUGUCACGAUCCCUCCCCCCCGCCGGUGGAAUCUACGUCCCCGUCCCUACUUUCUUCGUGAGCAAGUCCGCCAGCACCUACAGCAGCACUAUGCCGCCCCUCGACCUCGAAGCGCAAGCUGCACACUCCAUCCACCUCGCAAAGUCCGGCUGCCGUGGUCUGGUACUUCUCGGCUCCACCGGUGAGGCCGUGCACCUCACACGCGCAGAGCGGGUCUCACAGAUCUCGUAUGUGCGGCAGGCACUCGAGGCCGCGGGCUUCAAGGACUACCCACUGAUUGCGGGGACUGCGACGAACGGGAUUGAGGAGACAGUUCAGCUGCUGGCGGAGGCGAAGGAGGCCGGCGCGGGCUGGGGGUUGGUGUUGGCGCCCGGGUACUUUGCGGGCGCGGCGGAUCAGGCGGGCAUUAGAGGGUGGUUUGAGGCUGUGGCGGAUGAGAGUCCGAUUCCGGUUAUGAUCUAUCAUUACCCCGGCGUAUCCAACAACGUCAAGAUCCUCCCCUCUACAUUCCGCGCCCUCGCCGCACACCCAAACAUCGUCGGCGGAAAGCUCUCUCACGGCGACAUCUCCGUGCACGCCCAGAUUGCACUCGACCCUACCAUCGACACCGACUACUUCCACCUCUUCACCGGCCUCGGGCAACAGCUGUUCCCCGUACUACAGGUCGGUUGUUUCGGCGCGAUUGACGGUCUCGCCGGUAUCUUCCCCAAGAGUGUCGUGGCGCUGUAUAAUCUUGUGACGGCCGAGGGCCCGCUCGACACGGAGCGCCUGCAGAAGAUCCGGGCUCUGCAGUAUAUGGUGUCGAGUGCAGAGGAGCUGAUUGUGAGUUGGGGCACGGUGGGGAUCAAGGAGGCGGUCAGUAGGGUGUUGGGCUUUGGGGACGUGGAUGGUGGGAGGUUGCCGUUGGCGAAGGGGAUGGGAGAGGGUGAGUGGGCGAGGUGGGCGCCGAUUAUGGCGGAUAUGGGGAAGAUUGAGGCGGCGUUGUAG